UAAUCUGUUCUCGGAACAGCCUUAUAAAAGAAUAGGAGCAGCAGGAUGCUGAUCACAUCUCCAAGUUAGACAACGUAUCAUUGAGUAUUCGGGAUUGUCCCAAACUGGUGUCUUGUCUAUUAAACAGGCAAUAUGCUGUUCCCCCUCUACUCCUUAAUUGGUAUGAUACUUCUCCAGGGAAUGGAAACUAUAGUUAUUCUAAAUCAAGACUGUGGAUCAACUUAUCGACUUCCAGAUAAUGAUGAUAUCAAAGUGGUCUGUGGAACCCAAGAUGUGCAACUAUCGAUCUAUUUGUGCCCAAUUUAUUUUGCGGGUUACAACGAGAGUCAUGUGGCGUUAAACAAACAAUACCAUGACUCUAAAUGCCACGGGAAGGUGGAUGAUUCCGUUUCUCCUCCCGUUCUCAAGUUUUCAUUUCCCAUCAGUGAUGUCAACUCCACAUCCUGUGGAAACAAAAUUAUGAUCACCAGUGCCCAAGGAACGGGUGAUUUUAAAGACUUUUCAAACGUCCAAUUUGUCAAUAUCAGUGGUUUGAUAGAAACCAACGACCCAGUAACAAACAUCAUAACCUACAACCAGGAAUUGGUGUAUCUGUAUUCCUGCUCCUACCCUUUGGAGUACUUCCUCAAUGAUACUAAACUGGACGUUGCAGGAGUCAGUAUAGCGAUCAAGGAUAACAAUGGGACCUUCAGGAGCACUCUCACACUUCAGCUUUACAGUGACUCAGGUUACAAAAAUUCUAUGAUCAUCCCAAACACAGGACUCAUCUUGAAAACUAAGAUUUAUGUAGAAGUAAAAGCUGUCAACUUAACUGAAAGGUUCAAUGUCCUUCUUGAUCGUUGCUAUGCCUCAACUUCACCAUUUCAUUUAAAUUCUUCCCAAACAUAUGAUCUCUUCGUUGGAUGCAAUAAAGAACCACAGACCAACAUUGUGUCUAACGGAAAGAACCAGUUUGCAAGGUUCUAUUUUGAAGCAUUCCGCUUCACUGAGCAUCGAGACCUGGCUGUCUCCACCUUCUAUCUGCACUGCAUCACACGUCUCUGUGCUCAAGCUGCUUGCAGUGAAUUUAAUAAAUGUGCCAGGUCAAAAAGAGAAGCACCGGCCACAUUCACUACUCCGACGCCAGAUGCAGUAUCUAAACCCUCGACAAUUAGUUCCGCACGUGUCAUGACCAAGAAUGAUAAUGUGGUGAACACAAAUGAUGAUUCAGCAUCAGCUUUAGCUGUUCAACAGGCCAUGAGUGUGUACACUGGUCUGGGAGUUGGAUUGGGAAUCUUGGCUGUAACUUGCAUUGUCAUGAUUGCAACAGGUAUACUACUGUAUCGAAGAUUCAAGAAAAACAGCACCUUAAAAUAAGCUGGGAAGCAUGUAAAAAAAUAUAAAAAUAAACAAGUUAUCUUUCACUGAAGACUUUGCACACAUUCAAGCUUCCAUUAGAGCGUUCUGAAAUAGAGAUGAUGAGUCCUAUUUUAACCACUGGCAGUAUGAGCCAUAUUUUGUAGUGUAUAUUAGUAUAUACUUUUACAUUGCCACUUGGAAACCAAAAUAUAACUUUGCUUAAUUGUAACGGCACCUAUGCUAGGAUCAUAUGUUGUGAUGCAAUUAAGAUUGUAUGCAUAUAUUUUUCUCUAUGCAACAAUUACAUUUAAUUUGCAAAUAGGUAUAACAUAUGUCAGAUAACAUUACUUAAAAAUUACACUUUGUAAAUUUAUAUUGUUCUACUAUAAUAAGAAUGGAAAAUCAGGUUGGUUAAAUUUUAAAAUAUAGUGUUGCUUAAUCAUAGUGAUGCUUUUACUGUGUCUACUUAGCCUUGCCUGUCUGACAAAAUCUGCACAUUGGAAGCAAAAAAGACAUAAUAUUGUGAAGUAAAUGAGUGAAUUUUUUGCACACAAUGCAGCUGACAAUGUACUAGAGUAGAAUGAAAAAUAAAGUGCGAGCUGCUCUGAUCAUUUA